AUGCUUGUUCUCAUGUUGUUCGUCUUCUACUUUGCCUGCUUCGUUUCGGCGCAGCGCUCAAUAAUCCUUCCUCCUUUCACCAAUUCGACGUCUUCUUCCAUCAGCAACACUUUUACUUCCUCUUUCUCCUCCUCCUCCUCCUCCUCGAGUAACCCGACUCUCGUCACUUUAUCCAACACCGCCGCUCCUGCCCCCAUAUUCUCGACCACUUCCUCCACUCUAUCCACCAGCACCACCUCUCCAUCCUCCGCUCCGACGUUGACCCCUCUCUCGUGCCCCGCCUCCAACAAUACCCUCUACACGGCCCCUUCAGGCCAGACCUUCGUAGUCGAGUGCUCCAUCGACCACGAACGUGGAGACCUCUCCUCCCUCUCCGUCCCAAAUCUCGAAGCCUGCAUCGCAGCCUGUGAUUCCAAUUCCAAAUGUGUUGAUGUCUCCCUCUCAGGCACCGCAUGCUACUUGAAAUCCCUCCUCGGCCGCUCCCUUCCCGCCCCAGGCCUUCUCGGCGCUCGUCUCCUCGGAGUAGAAACACCCAUCAGCUGCCCCGGCAGUAACGGGACCACCCACACAACACCCGAUGGCCGCUCGUUCCAGGUAGAAUGCGGAGUCGACUACGCGGGAGGAGAUAUGGGCUCCCUAGCUCUAAACUCCAUCGUCGGGGAACUGUGGUUGGAAACAUGCAUAGACUCGUGCAGUAACAUGACCGGUUGCGUUGACAUCUCCUUGAGUGGCUCGGCAUGCUACCUAAAACGCACCCUCGGCGCCCGACUCAUCGAUAGCAACAUCUCCUCCGCCCGCCUCCUCUCUCCCCCAGCUGACGAUGAAGAAGACGAAAACGACCGCUGCAAUAUCUAUUCUCCCACCUGUCCCGCCUGUAACAACACCGUCCUCUACUCGAUUGAUUCCGAGCCGGAAAAGUCCUUUGUCAUUGAAUGCGGGAUUGAUCGUCCCGGGGGCGAUAUGCGCAGUGAGAUUAAUGAGCAUACGGGAUUGAGGGGUCCGAGGGCUUUUCGGAAUUGUUUCGAGACUUGUGCUGAGACGGAGGGGUGUGUGGAUGUUAGUUUGUUGGGUGGGGUUUGUUAUUUGAAGGAUCGGCUUGAGAGGGCUGUGGUUUCGGAGGGGGUUUGGGGGGCUAGGGUUUUGGAGUAG